UUGUUUAUCACACACAGAAGCAACCCAAAACUCACAUUUUCUCGCAAUUUAAGGCAAUCUCAAACGCUCCAACUACCGAAUUCCACAACAAACCAAGAUGCUUCGUCCAUCGCAAUUCCAGCUAAACUCCGGAAAUACCGCCGAUGCCGAAAAAACGUUCAAACUAAAGCCGAGCCAAUUGACCGUCACAUCGCCAUUAGCAGGCGGAGGAACAGCAGGAGCAUCCUCCGCAUCCGACAACGCCAAUUCCACAAGCAAUAACACGCCGAAAGAGAGUGACGGCGAAUCGAGUAAUUCCAAUUCGGGCCCGUUGUUUGCAAAUCCCUUCAUGCGCGCCUUCAGUCGGGACGAGGAUUCGCCCGCAAAGCCCGAUCCGAAGGAAAAGGACGCAAAAAAAGACGAAAAUUUGGAUCCGCUCGCCAAAUUGGGAAGUAAUUCUGCUGCCGCUGCACUGCCAAAAUCCAAUUUGUUCAACGUGAAGGCGGCAACUUUGUCGUCGGGAGCUGGUUUCGUCUUCGGGCAGAAUAUUGGGGAACGCGUUACGGGUCAAAGCACCAAUUUAUUCGGGGCGGCAGCGACAACAACGAAGUCUGAGGCGGAAAAUGCGUCGGAAGACACGAAAAAAGACGAAACGGAGAAGGAAAAGUCUUGCAAUGGAGCCGGCACGUCGAGUGGGGGACUAUUUUUCUCAAAUGUGGCGGCAGCGGCAGCCACAAAUUCCAACAGUGACGCCAUCGAAACGAAAGAAUCCGAUGGAAAAAGUUUACUUGAGGCUACCAGGCAGUAUGAAGAGAAGGUAAAAGUACAAAAACGCAAAUACGAGGAAGUAGAGACAAUCACGGGCGAAGAAGACGAACGAAAUAUCGUGGAAAUCAAUGGAAAAGUGUUCGCGUUCGAGGAUCGGAACUACGAGGAACGCGGCAGAGGCACUUUGCGACUCAACGAUUCGAAAGUCAAACAAAAUGAGUCUCGUGUCGUCUUUCGUACUUCAGGAAAUUUGCGUGUUUUGAUAAAUACGAAGGUCUGGUCCAAAAUGAUCGUCGAGAAGCCAAGUACAAAAAGUCUCCGCAUGACCGCCAUCGACUCCGAGGGUCAUAUCAAGGUAUUUCUCAUGCAGGCACGUCCCGACGACAUUUCCCAGCUCUACAAGUACUUAACGGAACGCGUUAACAAACUCAAAGCGCUCGACGAGGAGAUGGAACGCAAAUCCAAGGAACUCGUCGAUGCCGAAAAUGACGCAGAAACGACAUCGCCACCGGAAUCAAAGCCGCAUCGUAGCACGACACCCACACAGUAUCCCGCAAACCCGAUUUGCAUCAAAAUUAACGAUCAAGAAGCCGGCGAAAGUGAGUGUAAAAAGGUCAGGGUUGACGAUGCCGAUGCUACCGGCGAAAAUUAAGAAAAAAAAAACGACGAGCAAAAAAAUCCGAUUUGGGUGAUAAUUUUUCAAAAGUAAAAAAAAACAUUUAUUUUUUAUUAAAUAAUAAUAAUUUUAAAUGAUAAGCGAAGCUACUCUAGAUUAUCAUGUGAAACAAGAAAAAACAACAGAAACUGCAACAAAUUGAACUAUUAAAAUAAAAAUAAGUAGUAGUUACAACAAAUUUCUAGAAUAUUAUGAAAGAAAAUUACAAUUGAAAAGUGUAUUUAAACAAAAAAAAAUAUCAAACUUGCUAAAAAUCGUAAAAUCUUAAUGAAAAAAAAUUUUUCAAAAUAUUUAUUGGUCAACUGUACUAAAUAUUUUUAAUCAAUUUUCAAGGAAAAUCUCUAAUUUUAAGGCUUUUGAUGGCCAGUUUGACCAGUUUUUUAAAAUUAAUUAAUUAAUGAACAAAAAAAUCAUAUGUGGAAAGAUUUUUUUUAAAAAUUAAAUAUUUAUC